AUGACAGCCAAGAGCUUGAUUCUAUUCCAUGUGAACCCCUUAUACGGGCUGAAAGCAUCUGACUUUCUCAACGACACGACCAAUUCUGUUUUUCAGAUCGUUCUUCAGGAGGGUCACUUCGAAUUAAAGAAUUUGAUCGAUAAAACAGAAGAGAAUAAGCCGUUUGUCUCUUCUUCGUUUGACGGAGUUCUUGCGGCGGCCCACACGGUGGUGAUCAGUGAUUCUAUGUUUACCGAAAACAGCUUUCUGAUCGAAACAGAAAACUUUCUUAGAGAAGGUUUACCGUCGCUGGUCAAGUACUACGAAGCUGGUGGGAACGUCAUGGUCCAUUGCGCCGAGGGAGUGUAUGAGAUCGGGAAUUUGCUUUCCGCCAGCUUUGGUACAAAAUGGCAGCUGGGAGCGAUCGAAUCCACCAAAUGCAUCCCCACGAGCAAAGGGCUUGAAUUGCUUGGCAUUGAACCAUUUGAAGCAUACUUGAGCGGAAAAGUCCACUUUAUGAAGACUUCCCCAGACGAAGGUAUCGUUGCCUACAAUAUGUACAAAAACAAAGAGGAAUUUUUCAACGAAAAUGAUCUUGAUCCCGAUGAACCCGAGGACGAUGCGGAAGAGAGCUGGCAGCGGUACUUGCAGCAAUACGAACACCAGCAUGCUGUUGCAUUUUAUAAAGGAGGAAACGGCAUGAUCAUCUGGAAUGGGGAUAGAGGGCAAAACACAGAGAUGCAAGGUGUUUUCAUGAAGUUGCUUCAGCUAAGCUCGAAGGAAUAGUUUAAAGUGAUCGAGAUAGGCAAAUACAUAAGAGAAUACUUAUGCCUG